UUCAGUAAGCUUUAGAAAGGGAAAUAGGAAUAGGGAAGCCACGAUUUUGAAUGUCCAUCCUUUUUAUUUUGAUAAGGAUCAAGAUAAGGCACUGGAAACGAGCAACAACAUCCUAACUCAUUACAAUGGCCUAAGCUAGUAAGGAUGGAUUUUGCAAUCUGGAGUGUAGUAUUUGCAUUUUUCUUCACGAGUGGGCAAUGUUGCUACAAUGGCCAACAAUACAGUUACACUCCUUCUACGUCUUCGAAAACUCUUUCCCAUACUUACUACUUAAAUAACGAGAACUGUUGGUUUAAUAUUCAACCACAAUCAUGGAUCUCUUCAGGCUUCUAUUUAGAAAUCGAGUGGAAACAGUUCGAAACGGAAGGAAACAUGCCAUACUGUAAUGAUUACGUCGAAGUGUUUCUUACCAGGUCAAAGAAAAGCAUUGGCAAGUACUGUUCUGGAAACAUAAAAUCAAGUGUGCUGUUUAACAUGUACUCCCAUGAUGGUUAUGCAUUUAUCAAGUUUGUGUCAGAUAGUUCUGUUACCAAAAAUGGAUUUUCCUUAACAUAUCAGCUGAGAAGGAAAUCUUCAGCACCUCUUGGAGGCCAGCCAUUAUCAACAUGUCCUAACACAGGCAGAUCAGUAGCAGGAAAUUUCUACUCAGUUGGUUGGCCAAAUGGUUAUGCAUCCCGAGGCUGGCCUUGCAUCUUCAGCUACAGUCUAGGAAACAACAAAAUGAAAAUCGCAGUCAUGGAUUUGGAUUUUUACAAAUUAGAACGUUCUUGUUACUAUGAAAACAACUAUCUGGAAAUUAAAGAUUCUAGUAGCUUCUACACUGAUCAGAACUCAAUCAAACAGUACACUAAUUCAAUAAGUGGGAAACUUUGUCAUGCAAUACAGCCUACAACAUACUCAACAACCAGAUCGAAUGUCUAUUUCUACUACAAUCCGGGUGCUAAUAGCAGAAGUUUGAACCGUGGUUUCGUUAUAGGCUACAUUGAAUAUGGCAGCGGAACAAGCUGGUCAGGUUGGUCACUUCCAUCAACAACACAGCGAUCAACAACACGUGCGUGGUCAAGAUGGAGCCACUGGUCAAGCUGGCGCCGUCCAGACGUCAGAUUAGAUUCGGAAAGAAAUCGGUCAACGUACAUUGCCAUUGGUGCAUCGAUUGGUGGGGUUGUGUCUCUUGUUGCCAUUGUUGCAAUAAUCUAUGCCUGUUACAGAGGAUGCUGCAAAUCGGGUAUGAAUAUCACUGAAACUUCAUCUCCCACAGCCCCUUUUCUGGUCAACCCAAACAGCUCGACUGCUUACCAAGAGCAAGCUAAUUUUCAAGAUGAUUACUUGCAGACUCAAGAAUCUAAGCAAUUAUAGGAAUUAUCAGUCAUUUCAUCAUAGUAACUCUGUAUAUAGCCAAAGACAAAUGACUGAGCCACCCGUGUAGAAAUAACUGCAGUUCCAGGCAUCGAUUUUUUAAUCAAAACCUUAUCAUUUGAAUACGUCGGUGAUAACAUAGAAGUUUUAGUUUGGUUACUCCCGAUGAUGUCACUGCCCUUGAAUGAAAAUACAGCUUUAGAUCGACCCAGAAAAGCAAUUGUCAUUUUGUGGGCUAAUACUCAAUACAUUACGUCUACCUAAUUUUUGUCUAUGCGUAAUUGAGGUUUGCCGAUUGAAAAUUUGAAAGUGUAACUCGCGGUGACGAAUAAGAAUAAUAUUCUUUGUACUUUAAACGAUUGUUAUGAUUGUACUCGAUCAACAUGAAAUGCUUCAAAUGAUUUACAUGAAAUAUCCCUCUGCCUCCACUUUUGAUUAGUCACCUCUCCAUUUCCGUCAACAUGGACAGAAGCUUCCCCCUCGUCCUCCUUGCAAAGAGUUUUUAGGCGGUAUUCCAUAAAAAACAAACCUCUUUAUAUACCACAAUGCAUUGGCACAGUGAUGACGUCAUCAAAGUUUAUUUUGCAUGGAAUAAUUAGAGUCGAUGUUUGAUUUGCAAAUAUAUAUUUUGAAUAUCCGGUCAGAGUUAUUGCAUCAUAAAUUUUGUAUUCCUAAAUUUUGCAGCAAUCGAUAUAGGCUAAAAGCACAUUUGAUCCAAUUUCAAAUAAUUUUGAUGUUUCGAGAAGUGUUGAAAUGUUUUAGUGAAUUUUAAUUUGGAAUCUAGUUGUUUGCAAAUCAGUAAUCAGGAAACUUUAAGUGAACGCAGUAUGUUACAUACUGUGAUGACAUUAAAAAUACUAUAUUUAUAUAGAUGCCUGUCAAAUAAAGGAGGGGGACCAGAGGAAUCCAGCUUUGUCUGGCAUUAUAAAGAUAUUCCUCCGAGGAGCACGCUUAUUUUAAGUUCCAGACACCCCACCCUCCUAUUUGUUUUAGAAGCAAAGGACCUUUUCAUGAAAGACAAGGGGCGAAAAGAUUCCAGCAGUGGCGACCGCCCCCCCCUCCCCAUAAUACUUUAGAGGACAAUGGCUUUUAGAGGACAAUGGGAAAUGUGAUGUCAUCUUAUUAAAACAAUAGGCUUGCCCCCCCAAUAUUUGACCAAGUGUCCGCCCCCUAGAUUCCAGCUAUAUUUCGCCAUUUUAGAAAUACUUCUUCAACGGGUGAAUGUAGCGUACUUAGUAAAGGGUGCUAUUGUAAAGGGGGCACCCCAAAACAUUCAGCUUUCGCCUUCCCGCAAUCACUGUAUUUGUGUGUUGUCAUCGCUAUGUAAUCAUUAAUAAUGUGUAUUUAAUCUUUAAGUACAGUUAUAGCAUAUGAAAUGUGUUAUGAGUACAUUUUAAAAAAAGUUUACGCAUUAGACAGUAAAGAUGUGAUUUUAA